AAGGCCCCGGAGCCAGCAGCUGCAGCUCCCAAGACCUCCGGAAGACCAUGGUCUCCCCGCAGAUGCCCCAGCUCCUCUCCCCGACGGUGAUCCUGGCGCUCUUUUUCCUUCCCCAGACACGGCCGGCCGGCGUCUUCGAGCUGCAGAUCCACUCUUUCGGGCCGGGACCAGGCCCGGGCGCCCUGCGGUCCCCCUGCAAGGCCGGGGACACCUGCCGCCUCUUCUUCAGGGUCUGCCUGAAGCCAGGGAUCUCCGAGGAGGCCGCCGAGUCUCUGUGCACCCUGGGCGCGGCGCUGAGUGCGCGCGGACCGGUCUACACUGCGCAGCCCGGAGCGCCAGCGCCUGACUUGCCGCUGCCAGACGGCCUCAUACGCGUGCCCUUCCGGGACGCCUGGCCGGGCACCUUCUCUCUCAUCGUUGAAACCUGGAGAGAGGAGUUAGGAGAACAGAUUGGAGGGCCCGCUUGGAGCCUGCUGGCGCGCGUGGCGGGCCGGCGUCGCCUGGCGGCCGGGGGCCCGUGGGCCCGGGACGUGCAGCGCGCAGGCGCCUGGGAGCUGCGCUUUUCCUACCGCGCGCGCUGCGAGCCGCCGGCCGUUGGGGCCGCGUGCGCGCGCCUCUGCCGCUCGCGCGGCGCCGCCUCGCGGUGUGGCCCGGAACUGCGCCCCUGCCCGCAGAUUGAGGACAAAUGCGAGGCACCGCCGGCAUGUCGAGCAGGCUGCAGUCCAGAGCACGGCUUCUGUGAGCAGCCCGAUGAAUGUCGAUGCCUGGAGGGCUGGACUGGGCACCUCUGCACAAUCCCUGUCUCCACCAGCAGCUGCCUCAGCCCCAGGGGCCCAUCCUCUGCUACCACUGGAUGCCUCGUAGCUGGGCCUGGGCCCUGUGACGGGAAUCCAUGUGCCAACGGAGGCAGCUGUAGUGAGACCCUGGGGUCCUUUGAAUGCACCUGUCCCCGUGGGUUCUACGGGUUGCGGUGUGAGGUGAGCGGGGUGACAUGUGCGGAUGGGCCUUGCUUCAACGGCGGCUUGUGUGUGGGAGGUGCGGACCCCGACUCUGCCUACAUCUGCCGUUGCCCGCCCGGUUUCCAAGGCUCCAAUUGUGAGAAGAGGGUGGACCGGUGCAGCCUGCAGCCAUGCCGGAAUGGCGGGCUCUGCCUGGACCUGGGCCACGCCCUGCGCUGCCGCUGCCGCGCGGGCUUCGCGGGGCCACGCUGCGAACACGACCUGGAUGACUGCGCCAGCCGCGCCUGCGCCAACGGCGGCACCUGCCUGGAGGGCGGCGGCGCGCGCCGCUGCUCCUGCGCGCUGGGCUUCGGCGGCCGCGACUGCCGCGAGCGCGCCGACCCCUGCGCCGCGCGCCCCUGCGCCCACGGCGGGCGCUGCUACGCCCACUUCUCCGGCCUCGUCUGCGCCUGCGCGCCCGGCUACAUGGGCGCGCGGUGCGAGUUCCCGGUUCACGCCGACGGCGCAGGCGCGUUGCCCGUGGCCCCGCCGGUUCUGAGGCCGGGGGACCCGCAGCGUUUCCUUCUGCCACCGGCCUUGGGACUGCUGGUGGCCGCGGGCUUGGCCGGCUCUGCGCUCUUGCUGGUCCACGUGCGACGCCGUGGCCCUGGCCGGGAUACUGGGUCUCGCUUGCUGGCGGGGACACCGGAGCCAUCGGUCCACGCGCUCCCUGAUGCACUCAACAACAUGAGGACGCGGGAAGGUGCCGGUGAUGGCCCGAGCCCGUCCUCAGAUUGGAAUCGCCCUGAAGAUGGAGACGCUCGUUCGGUUUACGUCAUAUCUGCUCCUUGUAUCUAUGCUCGGGAGGUAGUUACCCACCUUUCCCCACCUGCGCACGUUGGGCAUGCUGGGCAGAGGCAGCUCCUGCUUUUCCUGUAG